AAAGCUUGGCUUCACCUUCUUGGGUUCUUCUCCAUCCCACGCUAGCUCACACAUCAGAAUCCAUCACUUUUCCACUGUCUUGUAAAGAAGGCGAGAGAGAGAGAGAGAGAGACAGAGAAAGAGAGAAUUGAUCAGAUGGGGAGAGCUCCAUGCUGUGACAAGGCAAAUGUGAAGAAAGGGCCAUGGUCAGCUGAGGAGGACUCCAAGCUCAAGGCAUUCAUCGAAGAGCAUGGAACUGGAGGAAACUGGAUUGCACUGCCUCAAAAAAUUGGGUUGAAGAGGUGUGGCAAAAGCUGCAGGCUGAGAUGGCUGAAUUAUUUAAGGCCAAACAUCAAGCACGGUGGCUUCACAGAAGAAGAAGAUCAAAUCAUAUGCAGCCUCUACAUAAGCAUAGGCAGCAGGUGGUCAAUAAUUGCCGCCCAGCUGCCUGGCAGAACGGACAAUGACAUCAAGAACUACUGGAACACCAGGCUGAAGAAGAAGCUACUUGGCAAGCGAAGAGAGCAGCCGCGCCGCCCGGCCCACCCUAACCAAUCCAACGAAGAAGCUAACAGCAUGGAGGUGAAGAGUAGUACUGAGAACCAAACCCUGAGCGCAUCGGCUCGUGAGAGAAUGCAACUCCACAUGCAGCUUCAAGGAGGACUCUACAGCCCUAAUCUACUUAAUCCCUUCUCCUUCUACAGUAGCCCUGCGCUGUGGCCCAAGCAGUACCAUUCCCAAACUCAAGCUUUGUCAACCAAUCACUUCGCUGUUAAUGCUGUGAACCCGAUUCCAGUACUACAGGGUUCAACUGCCACGAAAGAGGAGCUAAUUACCAAGUCGAUCAAUGCAAAUAUUAUUAUUACACGAGAAGAUUUUUUAGGGUUUCCUUCCUCUUCGAGCAUGGAGAACUCGAGCUCCAACUUGGAUUCCAUAACUCAAGGAGGUAUUCAAGUGGAUCUACAAAACUUGGUAUUCAACAACUAUGAUCCAUCCCUCGUUGGGCAUCAGCUCUUGGAGAAUGAUCAUCUUGAGGAGUUAGAGAGGUGCAGAGAAUUGUAUGGCAGUGACAAGGAGAUUCUUUCCGAUCAUUUUUGGCCUGCUUCUAAUGAAAUGGGAUAUCCUUCGGAUUCAGCAUCAUUGGCUCUCGAGUAUCCAGCAGCACAACUUGAUUGUGUUCUAAGGUAUGAAGAGUUAUAGGGAGCUAUAGAUGGAUGCUGAUUAUAUAGAUAAUACGAAGAAAGGGAUCAGAGUAUAAAAUGGAGGUGGAUGUUGUUGAGAUUUUACGUAUAAUAUAUAAAUGUCAUUUAUAACAAUAAUGGAGAUGUGAUAUGGAAGAACAGGUUGUAAAUUGUUAUCGAUCGUGUAAUUGUUUCAGCACGCGUGCACAAGAAUUAACACGUUGAAGAUCAUUCAUCGGCUUGUUUAACAUCCCUUUGUUUGGUCAUCUGAAUUCAGUGUGUUAAUUCAGACUUGGC